GUCAUUAUCAUGAAGUAAAUAAACAGCCGUCAAGUGCACAUGGUACUAAAUUGUGGAAUAUUUUUCCUUAAAAUACAAUGGUUAAUAAAGACUGGGCUAAAAUUACGCCGGCGUUAUCAAAGCCGGUGUUGAGCUGUAUCAAUAAACAGGGCUUUAAGACUAUGACCCCUAUCCAAGCCGCUGUAAUACCUCUAAUCCUUUCGUGCAAAGACGUAGUGGCUGAGGCGGUAACAGGGUCGGGCAAAACUCUUGCGUUCGUCGUUCCUUUGUUGGAAAUGUUGCUGAAGAAGCAAAAGGAUAGUCCACUGCGGAAGGAUUUCGUGUACGCUGCUAUUAUAUCGCCGACGAGAGAAUUAGCGACACAGAUUUACACAGUGAUCCAACAAUUCCUACAAGAGCCAGAGCUGUCUCAUGUAACACUAGCCUUGUUGGUGGGUGGCAGAGCUGUGGAGAUAGAUGUGGAGACACUGCAGAAGGGAGCGCACAUAACUGUGUGCACUCCGGGAAGGCUUGAGGACCUGCUGUCGGAGAGGAAGCAGCUAAAUUUGGCUGGACGGAUGAAAGAGCUUGAAAUCUUGGUUCUAGACGAAGCCGACCGCCUCCUAGAUCUGGGCUUCAGCGCCACCCUCACAACAAUCUUGCAGUACUUACCCAGACAGCGGCGCACAGGCUUGUUUUCCGCCACUCAGACCAAGGAGCUCCAGGAUCUAGUCAGAGCUGGGCUGCGGAACCCGGUGGUGGUCAGCGUAAAGGAGAAGUCUACCAUCAGCACGCCGUUGCUGCUAGAGAACUAUUACGUUAUAGUAGAGUCGGAAGAUAAGUUCCUCUUCCUGCUGAACUUUAUAAGGAAUCGGAAAAUUGCUAAAGGUCUAUUCUUCCUGCCGACAUGCGCAUGCGUCGACUACUGGGCGGACGUGCUGCCCGUGUUCCUGCCAGGCAUUAAGAUAUUCGCCAUCCACGGCAAGAUGAAACUCAAGAGAAGUAAGAUCCUGAGCAAGUUCCGCGAGGCUGAUAACACUAUACUGCUGUGCACUGAUUUACUCGCUAGAGGCCUAGAUAUACCAGAAGUAGAAUGGGUGCUGCAAUGGGAGCCUCCCACCAAUCCCUCGGCCCUCGUCCACCGAGUAGGUCGCACGGCCCGUGGUGGGGCUGCAGGCUGCUCGCUACUCCCGCUGCUGCCUUCUGAAGAUACGUACGUGCCUUUCAUAAAGAGCAACCAGAUGGUGGAGCUGAAGGACUGGCGCCAGUCCAAGGAUGAGAUCAAAAUCAGUCAGAAACUGAGGGAGAAGGUGCUGUCAAUCCUCCACAGCCAACAAAAAGCGGACAGAGCGAUACUAGACAAAGGGCAGCGAGCAUUCGUUUCCCACAUGCGAGCUUACACGAAACACGAGUGUAACCUGCUGUUACAGUUCAAGGAUCUUCCUCUAGGACACAUAGCGACCAGUUACGGACUCCUGAAACUGCCGCUAAUGCCUGAAAUCAAGCAGGAGCAUAAGGACCAGUUUAUAGGUCCGAAAGAGGAGAUAGACUUCAAUAGUAUACCAUAUAAGGAUAAGCAGAAGGAAGCGAGUCGGUUGCAGAAGUUGGAAGAGUAUAAGAAGAGUGGCGUGUGGCCUUCGAAGAAGAAAAAGAAAAAUGCCCAAACCCAACCUUGGGAGCAAACGAAGCAGAACAAAGAAGAACGAAAGCAGAAAAGGAAGAAACGGAAAGAAUUAAAGCAAAAGGAGGGAGAAGGAAAGAGAGGUAAGAAGAGACGCGUCGUCACGCAAGAAGAACUCGACGAGUUAGCGGCUGACGUCGCAUUGCUCAAGAAACUGAAGAAACGGAAGAUUACUGACGAACAGUUUGAUAAGCAGUUCGAUGUUGGGGAUUAAAGAUUUAUAUAAAGAAA